AUCUAUUUAUACACUCAUUUCUCUUCAACCCCUCACUACUACCAUAUUAAUAAGAUCAGCUAUAUAUAGAAACUCGUGUUGAUUUAUGGUUUCAUCUUUUGCAAAUUUUUACAGCUUCAGAUCCUAGAAAGAUCAUUAUCCACUCUGCUAUAGACAAAUGGCCAAGAAAUUAGGACCUCGAGCUCAAGAAUGUUCUUCAAUGGCGUUUUUUUUCUUAUUCUUGAUGAAUUUUCACAUGCUACAUGCAGAAGAUGAGCUUGAUCUUCUUUUAUCCUUCAAAUCUUCCAUUAAUGACCCUUUUCAUUACCUCUCAAACUGGAACUCUUCAGACAGUUUUUGUCUGUGGUCAGGUAUUACUUGUAAUAACUCUUCUCGUAUUAACGCCAUUGAUCUUUCUGGUAAAAACUUCUCCGGCGAGCUUUCUUUUUCAAUCUUUCAGUUGCCAUUUAUUAAAACUGUCAAUCUUAGUAAUAAUAAUUUCUCUGGUUCAAUACCAUUUGGUUCAGUUUCCUCUCUGGAAAGAUUAGAUCUGUCUAAUAAUAUGCUUUCCGGGAAAAUUCCUCAACAAAUUGGAUUAUUUUCGAGGUUAAAGUUUCUUGAUCUUGGCGGAAAUGUUUUAGUGGGUGAAAUUCCGGUUUCUAUUACAAAUAUUACAAGUUUAGAGUUCUUGACACUUGCUUCAAAUCAAUUAGUUGGUCAAAUUCCUAAAGAAUUAGGCCAAAUGAGAAGCUUGAAGUGGAUUUACUUUGGCUACAAUAAUCUUUCAGGUGAAAUUCCACAAGAAAUUAGUGGUUUAUCUUCUUUGAAUCAUCUUGAUCUUGUCUACAAUAAUUUCACUGGUUCGAUCCCAUCUUCUCUUGGAAAUCUCACUAAUCUUCAGUAUCUAUUUCUUUAUCAGAACAAGCUUACGGGUCCGAUUCCGGACUCGAUUUUCCGUCUCGGAAAUUUGAUUUCACUUGACCUUAGUGAUAAUUAUCUCUUCGGUGAGAUUCCAGAGCUUGUGGGUCAAUUGAAAAACUUGGAGAUUCUUCAUCUUUUUUCUAAUAAACUCACUGGAAGAAUUCCUGAUGCUUUGAGUUUCUUGCCACGACUUCAAGUUCUUCAGCUUUGGUCUAACAAUUUUUCCGGGGAGAUUCCGAAGGAUCUUGGAGUGAAAAACAAUCUCACCGUAAUAGACUUAUCCACCAAUUCUCUCACCGGGAAAAUUCCUGAGGGCUUGUGCAGUUCAGGGAAGCUUUUUAAAGUUAUUCUUUUCUCAAACUUACUUGAAGGUGAAAUACCAAAGAAUUUGACUACUUGCAGAAGCUUGAAGCGAGUGCGCCUUCAAGAUAAUAGCUUCUCCGGCGAGUUACCUCAAGAAUUCACUCAACUCCCACUCGUUUAUUUCUUGGAUGUUUCCGGCAACAAUUUCUCCGGAAGGCUCGAGUCGAGAAAAUGGGAGAUGAGUUCACUUCAAAUGCUGAAUUUGGCAAGAAACAGAUUUCUCGGAAGCUUGCCGGAUUCAUUUGGCAGUGAUCUGAUUGAGAAUUUGGACAUGUCUCAGAACAGAUUUUCAGGUGCUAUUCCUCGCUCUUUUGGGAGGUUAUCGGAGCUAACGAACCUCAAGAUCAGCGGAAACCAACUCUCCGGAGAAAUUCCAGACGAGUUAUCUUCAUGCAAGAAGCUUGUAAGUCUAGACCUGAGUAACAAUCAACUCACCGGGAAAAUCCCUGAGAGUUUUUCAGAAUUUCCAGUUCUUGGUCAGCUUGACUUAUCAGAAAAUCAAUUAUCAGGAGACAUUCCAAGAAAUUUAGGAGAAAUUGAAUCGCUUGUUCAAGUGAACAUCUCUCAUAAUCAUUUUCACGGUAGUUUACCAUCCACCGGAGCUUUUCUUGCCAUAAAUACAAGUGCAGUUGCCGGAAAUGAACUACUCUGCGCCGGCGGUGACACGUCAUCAAGUGGCUUGCCUCCAUGCAGAAAGACGAUCAAGAAUCAUACUUGGUGGUUUUAUAUUGUUUGUAUUCUUGGUGCUUUGUUUCUCGUUAUCUCUGUGGUGCCUUUUGGAUUUAUUUUGAUACGACGUCGUUUAAGGAAUCUAGAGCUGAAAAGAGUAGAAAAUGAAGAAGAUGAGAUAUGGGAAUUGCAGUUCUUCAGCUCCAAGGUAUCAAAAUCAGUAACAAUGGAAGAUAUUUUAUCGUCCAAGAAAGAAGAAAACAUCAUUUCUAGAGGCAAGAAAGAGAUUUCAUUUAAGGGAAAAUCAAUUUUAAACGAUAUGCAGUUCAUCAUAAAGGAAUUAAGUGAAUCAAAUUCAAUUCCGUUGAACUUUUGGCACGAGAUAGCGGAAUUUGGUAAGCUUCAGCAUCCGAACAUCGUAAGAUUAAUUGGAAUAUGUCGUUCCGAUAAGAUUGCAUAUUUAAUUUUUGAGUACAAGGAAGGCAAAAAUUUGAGCGACAUAAUUUGCAAUUUAAAUUGGGAAAGACGAAGAAAAAUUGCAACGGGGAUUGCUAAAGCUCUUCGAUUCUUGCAUUGUCAUUGUUCACCGAGUGUUUCAGUUGGUUUCAUGUCGCCGGGUAAAAUUAUUAUUGACGGAAAAGAUGAGCCUCACCUGAGAUUGAACCUCCCUGAUGACCUAAUUUGUUUUGAUGCCAAGUGCUUCAUUUCUUCAGCUUAUGUUGCUCCAGAAACUAGAGACUCAAAGGACAUAAAUGACAAAAGUGACAUGUAUGGAUUUGGCCUCAUUCUCAUCGAGCUAUUAACCGGAAAAAGCCCCGCCGAUCCCGAAUUCGGUGUCCACGAGAGCAUCGUCGAGUGGGCCCGGUAUUGCUACUCAGAUUGUCAUAUCGACACGUGGAUCGAUCCAAUGAUUAAAGAAAAUCUAUGCAUAAAUCAGAAUGAAAUUGUUGAAGCCAUGAACUUGGCUCUUCAUUGCACAGCCACUGACCCUACAGCUCGACCAUGUGCAAAUGAUGCAUUCAAAACCUUAGAGUCGGCUUUCAUGACAACUAGUUCUUGCAUUAAAAAUCUAAAGUUAUCUUCAAUCAUCACCUAAUUUUUGUGCAGGUGUUUGUUUUUAUAUUGUUUUUUUGGUAUUUUAAUUUUAAUUGGAUUUUCUAGCAUAAGAUGUUAAAUAGAGAAGAUUGUUACUGAAAUGUUUUGUUUGAUAAUGGUAUGUUUGACAUAAGUUCGGAGUGUAAAAAUGUAGAUACUGAACGAACAUUAUAUAAAACUAUAACUUUUCUCUUUUA